AUGGGCUCCCAGGAACCUCCCAAGAGCCUCCCCAGACAUAGUUAUCACUACAUAACCAUACUGAGAGAUCCCGUAUCCCGUUAUCUAAUUAAGGAAAUCACAUCUAUGGGCACAGACCCUAAGAGGGCGGGUACAGAGCAGUUCGCCUCUAUGAGAGACCUGUACAUCAAAAAUGGACAAGGCUUUAUCCUGGUGUAUAGCUUGGUCAACCAGCAGUCUUUCCAGGACAUCCGACCAAUGCGGGACCAAAUAGUUCGAGUAAAGCGCUUUGAGAAGGUACCGCUGAUCCUGGUUGGAAACAAAGUUGACUUGGAGUCCGAAAGAGAAGUGGCUGGAUCGGAUGGAAGAGCUUUGGCUCAAGAGUGGGGCUAUGAAUUAUUCCUCAUUGCCGGAAAAGCAGGAACAGUGCUGCACCGCCUGUGUGGUACAGUAAAUUUUGAGAUUGGCUUUUAUCGGGAUCACCACAAGCAAUUGAUGCACCAAGAAUCUGCGCACAACUUUACCCUUCUGCCAACAGUUUUUCCCGACGCUUUUUCACAAAGCUUCUGCAAGAAAAUAAGGAAAAGUUGGCACUAUUUUUGA